AUGGGCUGUGAGGUUGAUCGGGCCUUCAUCCGGGCCGUAGAGCACAGGCCCAAGCCCACGAUCAUCGAGGCGGGCGGAAUUCCGCUGAUUGAUCUCUCGCCGUUAAAUUCUGUCGGUCCCGGUGGUCUGCAGUCCCUUUCGGGCCUCAUCGCGGAGGUGGGGGCCGCCUGUAGGGAUUGGGGCUUCUUCCAAGUGAUCAACCAUGGCGUGCCGUUGGAUCUUCUAGACCAGAUCGGAUCGGCGGCGAAGCAAUUCUUCGCACUGUCGCCGGAGGAGAAGCAGAAAGUGCGGCGCGACGAAGUGAAUUCGCUGGGCUACUACGAUACCGAGCAUACCAAGAACGUGAGAGAUUGGAAGGAGGUUUUUGAUUUUGUUGUCCACGAUCCAACGGUGAUCCCAGCUUCCUACGAGCCUGAUGAUCAAGAAGUGCAGGAGUUGAGGAAUCGGUGGCCCACCUAUCCUCCUGAAUUGAGGGAUUGGGGCUUCUUCCAAGUGAUCAACCAUGGCGUGCCGUUGGAUCUUCUAGACCAGAUCGGAUCGGCGGCGAAGCAAUUCUUCGCACUGUCGCCGGAGGAGAAGCAGAAAGUGCGGCGCGACGAAGUGAAUUCGCUGGGCUACUACGAUACCGAGCAUACCAAGAACGUGAGAGAUUGGAAGGAGGUUUUUGAUUUUGUUGUCCACGAUCCAACGGUGAUCCCAGCUUCCUACGAGCCUGAUGAUCAAGAAGUGCAGGAGUUGAGGAAUCGGUGGCCCACCUAUCCUCCUGAAUUGAGGUAA